AUGGCUGCUCCAAACGGUACUACUGGCAAUGACUUCACCGUCAAGGCGGGUCUCGCCCAGAUGUUGAAGGGUGGCGUUAUCAUGGACGUUGUGAACGCCGAGCAGGCUCGCAUCGCUGAAGAAGCCGGUGCCGCCGCCGUCAUGGCCCUCGAGCGUGUCCCCGCUGAUAUCCGCGUCGAGGGUGGCGUCGCGCGCAUGUCCGACCCCAGCAUGAUCAAGGAGAUCAUGGAAGCCGUGACCAUCCCCGUCAUGGCCAAGGCCCGCAUCGGACACUUCGUUGAAUGCCAGAUCCUUGAAGCCAUCGGCGUUGACUACAUCGACGAGUCCGAGGUCCUCACCCCAGCCGACGAUGUCUACCACGUCACCAAGCACGGGUACAAGGUCCCCUUUGUCUGCGGCUGCCGCAACCUCGGUGAAGCCCUCCGCCGCAUCUCCGAGGGUGCCGCCAUGAUCCGCACCAAGGGUGAGGCCGGCACCGGCGAUGUCGUCGAGGCCGUCAAGCACAUGCGCACCGUCAACGCCCAGAUCAGCCGUGCCCGCGGUAUCCUCCUCGCAAGCGAGGACGCUGAGCCCGAGCUGCGUGCCUUUGCGCGCGAGAUCGAGGCUCCCUACGAGCUUGUCCGUCAGGCUGCUGAGCUUGGUCGUUUGCCUGUUGUUAACUUCGCUGCUGGUGGCGUUGCGACGCCCGCUGAUGCGGCGCUUAUGAUGCAGCUGGGCUGCGACGGUGUCUUUGUUGGCUCUGGUAUCUUCAAGUCUGGCGAUGCUAAGAAGCGUGCUCGUGCCAUUGUGCAGGCCGUGACUCACUACAAGGACCCUAAGAUUCUGGCUGAGGUUAGCCAGGGUCUUGGUGAGGCUAUGGUUGGUAUCAACGUCAAGCAGUUGCCUGAGAAUCAGAAAUUGGCUGGUCGUGGUUGGUAG